UCUCCGUUCUCUCUUACUACUCAUGCCAUAGCUGGAGAAAUACAGACCUGAGGGGAUUUGAUCCAUCUACACCCAAUCCAUGUGGGACCAAUGCCUUUCUCCUAACCAUUUAUUGCAGGAGAAGGACCAGCCUGAAAAUACUGAAGAACAGACUAAAAAUGAGCUUCAGAAGAAAACAGAGCUGACUGGUUUAUACUCAGAAUCAUCAUCACUCUCAGUGAAGACAGAGAUCCCAAAUAACCCUCCUAGCAGUGAAACAGAUGUUGUAAGGAUCCAGGCCUGGUGGCGGGGCACCCUGGUGCGCCGGACGCUGCUGCACGCGGCCCUCUCUGCCUGGAUCAUCCAGAGCUGGUGGAAGGAUAAGCUGAUGAAGCAGCUGGAGCAGAGGCGGCGGACAGCACUGGAGACCUUUACACGGAGGGAGUGGGCCGCAGUCAAGCUGCAGGCCUGGGUCCGCAUGUGGCGCAUCCGCAGGCGCUACUGUCGUUUGCUCAACGCCGCCCGCAUCAUCCAGGCCUACUGGCGCUGCCGCUCCUGUACUUCCCGAGGUUUCAUCAAGGGCCAAUACAGAGUCACGGCCGACCAGCUGCAUCUCGAGUUAGAGAUCUUGCUGGACUCAGGGCCUUGCAUUGUGUCGGAGUGUAUUCCCCUCCCAAUAAAGCAGUGAC